AUGCACUCGAUCACGGCCCUACCGGGCGCGGCGUUCCGACAACCUCACCUGGCGGCCCCACCUAGGAGAGAUUCCCCACAUUUCCGAUCCCCGCUGCACGCCGCCGCCGCACAUCUCCACCUCCCCCGCACCGGCGACAACCUGCGCGACCAGGCGACCCUCCCGGCAGCCCGCAUCUCAACGCCCCCUCGAAACCCACCUCACUGGCGCAGCCCCACCGACCCUAUUUCUUCCCCGACGCCGCUUCCUCGCGCCUCCAUUUCCGCAUCCGUGCUGCUCGCCUUCCGGCAACCCGUUGAAGAUGGCGGAAAGGCUCACCGGACGAUGCACCAGCCGCCGCUGCUCGUUCGCGUCGCGGCAUCAAUCAAGCCCAUCGACGGCCAACUCCUUGCCGUCCCCGGUCGCCACCAUGGAGGGCAAGGGUCCGAGCGACCCAAGGGAUGGGGACGCAGAUGCGUGGUCCUGACGGUCGGAGCGACUACGGCUCUGCACCCUUCGACUCCUUCGAUGGCCGCGCUUCCGCCAAACCAUAGAGGCCCCGCGACUGUUUCCAGAGGCGUCGUCCGUCCUCAAGGCAAUGAAUGGGAAGCUGAUGGAUAUGGUGUUAUGCCUCAUGCAGUUUUGUGGUAUCUUUUUCCCUGCUGCAAUGUUGCUCUUCUUCACGGUCCAAGGAAGAAAUGCACCAUUGCCUGUUCCGGAUGCGGCCAGAACCACUUGUGUCCUCGUGCACGGUUGUAGGCACUCACCAGACUCAAUGCAUGGCCUUUUGGUUUAGGUGCAGGAAGAAGAAGGUUGGCGGACCACAGACAACAAGCCGCUGCAGAGCAUCCUUAUUAAGUUGAUUAGCCACUAUAGUUUAAGUUGCUUUACGCUUUCUCUUGAGUUGCUUAUAUCGUUUCAUUAAGUUGCUAAGUUGCUUUAUUAUCGUUUCAUCCAAGUAUUCUCUUUCUUCUAAGUUGCGGCAUACAAUAAUUUGUUUGUUCGCACAUGUGCUAAGUUGCUUUAUUAUUGUUUCAUCCAAGUUUUCUCUUUCUUCUAAGUUGCGGCAUACAAUAAUUUGUUUGUUCGCACAUGUGCUAAGUUCCUUUAUUAUCGGUUCA